AUGGAUUCUUGCGCUGCGCGAUCGAGCAAUGUGGCAGUAGGGGGUUUGAGCCCGCUGAGCCACGCGCUGUGGAAGACGAUCCCUGGCGGCGGCGGCGGCGAUGGUGGGAUUGUGCCGGAGGCGAUGGAUGUGUCGGCGAGGCUGGCGUGGAGGGAUUUGUUUGUGACGGCAAGUAAUGCCCGGGGCGAGGUCCAGGUGCUGCUCCACCGCCUCUCUGGCUAUGCCGAGCCGGGGAAUAUCACCGCGAUCAUGGGACCGUCGGGAUCGGGCAAGUCGACGCUCCUCGAUACUCUUGCUGGCAGACUCGCUAAGAACACCACUCUCACGGGAGAGAUCUUUCUCAAUGGUCGAAAGAAGCAGCUCUCUUAUGGAGUAGCGGCGUAUGUUACACAAGAUGAUACUCUCAUUGGAACGCUCACGGUGCGAGAAACCAUCGCCUUCUCGGCAAACCUGCGGCUUCCCGAUCGAAUGCCGGCGAGCAAGAAGAGGGCGAUCGUGGAGAGCACCAUUGUGGAGAUGGGGCUCCAGGAAUCGGCCGACACGGCGAUUGGGAACUGGCACUUGAGGGGACUGAGCGGCGGAGAGAAGCGAAGGGUGAGCAUCGCGCUGGAGAUCCUUACUCGCCCUCGCCUGCUCUUUCUGGACGAGCCAACCAGUGGAUUGGACAGUGCUUCAGCGUUUUUCGUGACGCAAACUCUCAAGAAUCUGGCACGAGAUGGCCGGACGGUGAUUGCUUCCAUUCACCAGCCCAGCAGCGAAGUCUUCGAGCUCUUCGACAAUCUGUGCUUGCUCUCUCAGGGAAAAUUGAUCUACUUUGGCAAUGGAUAUGGAGCUCGAGAGUUCUUCGCAGAUGCCGGUUUUCCUUGUCCAGAGCUCCGGAAUCCAUCCGACCACUACUUGCGGGCCGUGAACGCUGACUUUGACAGGGUCCAGGCAACUCUCAGAGGAGCACUCAAACUCAAGGAUCUAGAGUACGCUGAUCCUCUCGACAGGGUCUCCACGAGCAAAGUCAUUGCCAUCCUCGUCGAGGCCUUCCAAUCGUCUGGGUACGCGAUGAUGAUGGCGGCCAAAGUCCACGAGGUGUCCCAAACUAAAGGCGUGGUUCUCCAGUCGACAGGAAGUCACGCCAGCUUCUUCAUGCAGGCUGCGACGCUGACCCUGCGAUCUUUCAAAAACAUGACGCGCGACAUGGGAUACUAUUGGCUUCGUCUCGCCAUUUACGUCAUCCUCAACAUCGGAAUUGGUACACUCUACUUUAGAAUCGGCACUGACUACGGCUCCAUCUCAGCAAGAGCCGCUUGCAUGUCUUACGUUGGUGGAUUCCUCACUUUCAUGUCCAUCGGAGGGUUUCCAUCGUUCGUGGAAGACAUCAAAGUGUUUAGCAGGGAGCGCUUGAAUGGACACUACGGCGUGGCGGCGUUUAUCAUCGGCAACACGCUCUCUUCGUUACCAUUCCUACUCCUCAUCGCGCUUGUCUCCGGCGGCAUAAGUUACAACAUGGUCAAGCUCCACCCUGGAGUCGAUCACUUUUUCUACUUCGUGCUCAACCUCUUCGCCUCGGUUGCGGCGGUGGAGUCCCUCAUGAUGACUGUGGCGAGCCUGGUCCCAAACUUUCUCAUGGGAAUUAUCACCGGAGCCGGAAUCCAGGGAGUGUUCUUGCUCGUUGCCGGAUUCUUCAGGCUCCCGGAUGACCUCCCCAAGUUUUUCUGGAAGUAUCCUAUGUCGUACAUUGGCUUCCACAUGUAUUCGCUCCAGGGAAUGUACGAGAACGACUUCCGGGGCCUGGAAUUCGGGAACAAGGUUCCCGGCCUGCCAACGAUUCCAGGGGAGUUUGUGCUCGAGGACGUGUACCAGAUCAACAUGGCGAGGUCCAAGUGGUGGAACCUCGGCAUCAUCUUCCUGAUGAUCCUCGCCUACAGGCUGCUCUUCUUCCUUGUGAUCAAGUUCGCGGAGAAUGUCCGGCCUGGGCUGAGCAGGGUCAUCGCCAAGAGCAAGGCGAACCUCCUGCUUCGAAACAACUCGGCUCUACAGACCGCCAUCAGGCCAGUCACGCAUUCUCCACCUCCAAAGGAGUUGAAAGUUGCUCCAGCUUACACACCCUGAGCAACAAACUUAUAAACAAAAUCCACAGUGUAAAGUCUCUUACCCCGCAAAUCUUUUGCUUUUGUUUUUCUUAGCUGCGCGGGUUUGACAGUGUUCUAACCCUGUCAAGCUAUCCAACAGAAUAAAACAAGGACAAAGAAUAAAACCAUGACAACUUUGCGACGUAAGGAUUUGACCUCUUUGGAAAGUUGGGAAUGCCAAAAUGCGAAAAAAAAA